ACCCUCAGCGCCCGAGAGGGAGGAGAGAAAUUCGCGGAAGAGAAGUGAGCCACACGCCGAGAGCAGGAUCCCGGUGGGAGAGGAGCUGCGUGCGGGAGGGAGGCAGGAACGGCCGUGCGGGGCUGCCCAGCGGAUCGGGGGAGCCCUCGCCCGAGGUAGAAGCGUGGCCAGGAUCUCUCCGGUCUGAAAUCCGGGCAAGGAGAUGAGGACUGGGCACACUGAAAUGCACUCGAUGUCUGCUGUCCUGCAAGGAGGGCAGAGAGUGGAGUCAUAAACGAACAACAUGCUACAAUGUCUGCAGUGUUAGCAGCCAUCACUGCAUCUGUUUCCUUCUCUCUCCCUCUCCCCCCGUUCAUAUGAUCACAACUCUGCUGGCACAGGCUUGCACAACCUGUGCAGUUUUGUCAGCAAUGGCCCCAGUGGUAUCCUGCAGUCCAGAGAGAGGGACGCAUUGAAGGACUGAGGGCAUGAGCAGUACAGGAGUGCCCUCCUUCUGCAGCAGUUAUGUUAAACCGAGCCUGGCAGCUCUGUGGGAAGUGGUGUCGUUGGUCCAGCCCUUUCAUCCAUCUCCUUACCCUGACUGUGGUGACUUUUGGUGUGCUGGCACCUUUGAUCUGCCACCGGCUCCUCCACUCUUAUUUCUACCUGCGGCGCUGGCACCUGUACCCCAUGAGCCAGGAGUUCCUGGAGCAGAACCAGCAAGAGGGCCAGGAUGCCCUCCAUUAUUUUGAGAAGAUGCAGAUGCCAAAUGCCUCUGAGGCGUCUGGCAGUGAAGCCUUCCAGCCCUUGCUGCUGAUCACCAUUAUCACUGUGCAGAGGCGGAAUGAUUUCCACUACGUCUUGCAAGUGGCCUCCCACUUCCACCGCCUCCUCCAGAAAUGUGGGGCACGUUGCCAGAGCCACCGCAUGCUCCUCUGUAAUGUGGAGUCAGAUCCCGGCAUCCAUCAGGAUGUCAGGCUGCUGAGCAGCCUCUUUCCUAUGGUCAGUCGUGACAGAACUGGAGAGAAUCCUGAUCCCAGCCUCAACCAGUUUGAGAAGGAGAAGCAGGACUAUGUCUUCUGCCUUGAGCAGUCACUGUUGGUGUACAACCCCGAGUACAUCCUCCUUGUGGAAGAUGAUGCUGUGCCAGAGGAGGAGAUAUUUUCUGUCUUGCAGCACCUCUUCUUGGCCCGGUUCUCCAAGCCCUACCUCAGAGACGCUCUCUACUUCAAGCUGUACCAUCCAGAGAGGCUACAGCACUACUUCAACCCUGAGCCCAUGAGGAUCCUGGAGUGGCUGGGCCUGGGCAUGUUCCUGGGGCCGGUGCUGACCUUUGCAUACUGCUGGGCCGCAGGGCGAGCGGGCCCCAGCUGGUGCCUGGUGGUGUUCUUUGCCCUGUACAGCAUGGCCCUGUCAGAGCUGGUGGGGCGGCACUAUGGGCUGGAGCUGCGGCGCCUGCACCCCGCACUCUACAAUGUGGUGCCGGCCAGCGAGUGCUGCACGCCCGCCAUGCUCUUCCCUGCUGCCUCUGCCCGCCGGGCCUCAGAAUACCUGCAGGGGCUGCGCUGCCACCAGGGCUUCGCCAAGGACACUGCCCUCUACUCGCUGCUGCGGGGCAAGGGCGAGAGCGCCUUCGUGGUGGAGCCCAACCUGGUGCGGCAUGUGGGGAUGUACUCCAGCCUCCGACUGAACAGCAACCCAAAACUGCUGUGAGCUGCUCCUGCCUUGC